AUGAGCGACUGUCUUCAACUUACUCUGCCUGGAUAUCCCCCAUCCAGGCUUAUUCGCGACGCCAACAUCUCGUGCUGUCCAGAUCCUAUAGCUACCGAAGCAGGCGGAACUCUAGAGUCUCUUGAACUGCUCAAGGCGGACACUUAUGACUAUGUCUACCGUGCCAAAUGGACUGGCCGGACGCAAUCGAAGAAAGAUCGUGAAACUCCUCUUGAUGUCGUCAUCAAAUUACACUUAUGCAGGCGCAUCCUGCCGCAGGAACUGGAGCACGAGGCUGAGAUGUACGCUCACGCCCACGAGACUCAAGGAUUCGCCAUCCCUUGGUGCUACGGAUUAUUCCGCGGCUCCGCUAACAACGAUCCGAUGAAAUCAAUGGCGGUUCUUGUGCUCGAAUACUGCGGCAAGCCUCUGACGGACUCCAAGGGCGACCUCAUCGACUUUUAUGAUCUUGACCGUGACCGACAAUUGAAAGUAGUGCAACAGACCGCCGCGCUUCAUUACAUUGGAGGACUGGAACACAACGACUUGUACCCGAGGAACGUUGUCUGGACCGACCAGGAUGAGGCUGUUAUCGUGGACCUCGCACACGCUAAAAAGCACGAAUGCAAGCAACCCAAAAUCGAGCGAUUCGCGAUGAUCCCAGAUAUCUAUGAAUUCGGUUGCGACGAACUCCACGACACAUGCUUAGAAUGUCGAAUGUGGUUCUCGGCCGAAAUGGAAUUCGUAGGUGAAGUCAUCCCGGCCAGGACCAUCCACACUUUGGAAGACAUUUUGCGACCCGUCCAGAUCAGUGGCGAAUAUAUAACGCAGGAGCGCUUGGAGGAGGCCGAGCGAAUCCUGGAGGAAAUCGAAUUCCGGCGCAAAUACUAUCCGUCGAGUCUGAAAGACUAA